AUGGAGACCUGGGCGCAGAUAAAGCUAAUGAAGCAGCUACUCUGUGUGCGACAUCCGCGGCAGGGUCUUGAUCCCGAGCUCCUGCGGGAGAUCGAGGGGAUCCUGCUGUGGGAAAGGAAGCACAGGGCUCAUGUUGAUGCUUGCACUCUACCUCAAGUCACUGUAUCUACACCUCCAGUCACGACUACACGACCCGAGAUAGAUACAGAUGCAAGCUCUGCUUUACCAACCCCAGAACUCUACCUCUGGCAGGGCGACAUCACCACCCUGACCAAUCUCACCGCCAUCACCAACGCCGCCAACACCGCCCUGCUGGGCUGCUUCCAGCCCGCGCACCGCUGCAUCGACAACGUAAUCCACGCGCGGGCCGGCCCAGGCCUCCGAGAGGACUGCUUCCACCUCAUGGACGAGGGCCGCCGCACGCUCCCGGUCGGCGACGCAGUGGUCACAGCCGGCUACUGUCUGCCUGUGCCAUGGAUCAUCCACACUGUCGGGCCGCAGCUGAAUCCCCAGCAGUCCCGUCCGACCGAGGUCCAGAGGGCGCAGCUCGCGCAAUGCUAUCGUGCUGUGCUGGAGCAAGCCGAGACCUUGCCUUCAUCCGAACAAGGAAAGGUCAUCGCCCUCUGCGGGAUCUCGACGGGCUUGUUCGGGUACCCUGUUGCCGAGGCGGCGCCGUUGGCCGUGGAGACUGUGGUUACUUGGCUGCGGGAUCACCCUGAGACGAGCAUCACGGGGGUGAUUUUCAAUACCUUCACGGAGAAGGAGACGGUCGCUUACGAGCGGGUUCUCUCUCUUUCGCCCAGUGGUGCUCUACGAAGCCCUCCAAAGCUGAUAGGCUCAUCAAUGCAGCAAGCUCGCGUCUGGCUCCAGGAAGCAGACACAAUCCUCCUCAGCUGUGGCGCCGGACUGUCGGCCGCCACGGGGCUGGAUUAUACCUCCACUAUCCUUUUCGACAAGCAUUUCCCAGCCUUCCAGGCGUUGGGGUUGGCCAAGUUGUACGAUACCUUCGGGAUGAAGAUAGAGGAUUGGGGGUCUGAGGAGGUGCGGUGGGGGUUCUAUUUCACGCAUCUGCAGAUGGUGCGCACGUGGCCGCAGUCAGCGGUGUAUACUGCUUUGUUGGAGUGGAUAGAGCGGAGGUUCGGGAUGGAUGCGAGGAGGGUGCAUGUUCGCACGUCGAAUGCAGAUGGCUUGUUCCUGGCGCAUGGGCUGGAUGAGAAUGUCUUGUCGACGCCGCAAGGCGCCUAUCGCUACUUGCAGUGCUUGGACAAUUGUCGGGAGGACGCGGUAGUCGAAUCAGCGCCGUUGGUGGAGGAGGUGGUGGCCAGCGGAGGGCUGGAUGCGGUAACGCAGAGGGUGACAGACGAGAGGCUCAUUCCGGUGUGUCGGUUCUGCGGCGGGAAGAUGGGGAUCUGCGUAAGGGCCGGAAACUGGUUCAAUGAGGCGCCCUUCGAGGAAGGGGAGAAGCGAUGGCAGGAUCUCAAGGAGGAUUUCAUGCGGGACUCAGACAGGAAUGUGGUGAUUCUGGAGUUAGGGGUCGGGAUGUCGACCCCCGGCGUGCUGCGGUGGGAGAAUGAGGAGUUGGUGGCAAGUGGCGAAGGAAGGGUUCGGUUGGUUAGAGUAGGAUUGGGCGAUACAGCAGUCGUACCGGCGGAGCUGGAGGCGAUGGGACUGACGACUUGUGUGGAUGGGAAUGCGAAGGACGUGUUGCGGGUAAUUCUGGAUCAGUAG